AUGAGUGAUAUAAAACACCUCUCUGAAUUAGAAUCUAAUCAUUCUAUACAAAAAAUUGCAGAAUUAGAUAGAAUCUACAUAAAAAAAUCAUAUAUAUAUGUUGCAUGUAAUGAUGCGUAUACUAUUUAUGGAAUUCACAAGCUACUAAAUAACGAAGAAUAUGAUCCAAUAGCUAUUUUUUAUAUAGCUGAAUAUAGCACUAAAUGCAGUAGAAGAUGCGGUUAUGGAGACUGUAGGUAAUUUAAAUUGUUAGUUAGCGAUACUUCAGAAAAAUAAAAGAACGAAACUUUUUAAAAAAAUGUUUUUAUUGAGUUUGAUAGGCCAUAAAGAUGCACAUUUUGUUACUUUAAAAGGCCUGAAAUGUCUGUUAAUGUAAAAAUAAAUGAUAUUAAUAUCUACGUAGGGAAGAUUGUAAUGCCUUUUAAGUAUUUUUAUUGUCCUAUGGCGAUUGAGGCAUAUGAUGUCAAUAAUAAAUUGAAAUACUCUAUAAAAGAUACUUUUUGUAGGUGCAUUAUUUUUUGUGGAGGUUGUAAGUGCAAAAAAACAUGCAAAGAAGAUUACUUUAAGUUAUAUGAUAAAAACUAAAAAGAACUUAUACCUAUUAAAUCAAAAGCAUAUGAUUGUGAAAAGUCUUGCUUGCAUUCAAUUUAUGACAAAAUAACUGAAUUCCCAUAAGGAGCUUAAACAUAAGAUAAGAUCUUAUUAAUUGCUACUAUCAUUAUGCAUGAUUUAACAUAUCUUGAAAUGCCAUUUGAAAAAAGAAGAGUGGGAUACAAUAUGAAUUGA